AUGCUCGUCGAAAAGGUGCCGUGGUGCACGCACGAAGGCGGCGUGUACACCAUCCAUGUGCAGUCCACGGGCCUGCGGUUUGCCACGGGCGGCGCGGACGCCCAGGUCAAGGUGUGGAGCAUGUUGCCGGUGGUGGAUGUGCAGCAGGAGAAGGCGGGCCCGCUGGUGCUGGCCACCCUCAGCGACCACACCUCCACCGUCAACACCGUGCGCUUCAGCAAGAACGGCAAGUACCUGGCCUCAGGCUCCGACGACCGCAUGAUUUGCAUCUUUGAGCACAAGGCGGGGGCGGGCGGCGCCACGCUGGGUGGCGGCGCCGCCAGCGUCGAGAACUGGCGCACCCGCGCGGUGCUGCGCGGGCACAGCAACAACGUGGUGGACCUGGGGUGGUCCCCCGACGACGCCCGCCUGGCCAGCGCCAGCAUCGACAACAUGGUGUGCAUCUGGGAUGCGGCCAGCGGGCAGCGCCUGCACACCCUGGAUUACCACACAUCCUUUGUCAAGGGGCUGGCCUGGGACCCGGUGGGCACGUACCUGGCCACGCAGGGCGCCCUACGCCCGCCUCGUCUCCUCCACUUCUCCACGCGCAUGAGCUGGAGCCCCGACGGAUCCUUCCUGGCCACGGGCAACAGCUACCAGGGUUCGUCCCAUGCGGCGGUGGUGAUCCAGCGGGGGCGGUGGAAUGAGGACAGGGAGCACAUGUUGGUCAGCGGGCACCAGGGCUGCGUGGUGAGCGUGGGGUUCAACCCACGCCUCUUCCACCUGCCUAAGAAGGGAGGCGCCCCAGGGGAGGUGGAGGAGAUGCUGAGCAGCGUGUUUGCCCUGGGCAGCCAGGACAAGCGGGUGUCAGUGUGGGCCGCGGCGCGCCCCACGCCGCUCAUGGUGGGCAAGCGCUUCUUCAGGAGCCAGGUGACCGACCUGGCUUGGUCGCCAGACGGGUACACAGCGCUGGCGGCAUCCAGCGACGGCACCGUGGCGUGCUUCCAGUUUGCUGCCUCGGAGCUGGGGCGCCCCAACACGCAGCAGGAGCUGGACGCCAUCUUUCAGGAGAUCGCAGACCAGCUGGCGCUGGAGGCUGCGGCAGAGGCGGCCGCGGCAGGCGCCGCUCAGGGCGGCGCCGCCGCAGCCGUGCCGCCGGUGCCGGAGCCGGCGGCCGCCCGGCAGGCGGCGGCGGCGGCGGCGGUGCCGCAGGCGGCGGCGGCGCAGCAGCGGCAGCAGGCGGCGGCUGUGGAGCGCGCCCUGCAGCCCUCUGCCAAGCAGAACAUGGAUGCUCUGAGUGCCAGGCUGGGAGGGAUGGGCGGCGGCGAGGUGCAGCUGGGCUUUGAUGCGCCAGCGGCAGCAGAGGGCGCGCCCGUCGUCAGAAAGCGGCUGGCGCCGGAGCCCAUCGGGCGGCAGCCCCCCGACAUGCACCCGCACGCAUCAGCCGAGCUGAUGCCGCCGCCGCCGCCUCGCGCCGCGGCGGUGCAGCAGCAGGAGGCCAAGCGGCCGCGGCCCGAGCCCGCCUCUGGGCCAGGCAGCGGCCGCGCGGCGCCGACGUCCGGCCGCGCCGCCGCCCCGGCCAGCGGCGCAGCAGCAGCAGGCGGCGCCCCGGCGCUGGCGGCGCCCCACAUCAUGCUGCGGGGCCCAGAGGUGCCGGCAGAGGUGGUGGCUGACCUGGGGGCGCCGCCACGCCUGUUUGAAGACCCGUCUGCGGCAGCCGCCGAGCCGCGCCGCCAGCUGCGCGUCACCAACCGCGAGCGGCCGGUGGCGGAGGGCCUGGCCAGCCGCGUGCAGGCGGAGGUGGUUUGCCAGCAGGGGAGGGAGGUGGUGUGGAGCGACACGCUGCGCGGCGCGGCGGUGGCCGCCUGCGGCACGCACAACUUUGCAGCGGUGGGGCUGGCGGAUGGGCAGCUGCAGCUCUACUCCGCCGCGGGGCGUCAUCUGAGCGCGCCGCUGAAGCUGGGCGAGAUCAGCAGCCUGCAGGCGGAGGUGCUGCGCGCCGCCAUCCCCCGCGCCGCGCUGCCGGGCAUGCAGGUGCGCGCGGCGGCGGCGGCAGCCACCGCCUCCCGCGCCCACCUGGAGGCCAGCCUGUCCACCGCGCUGGCGCUGCAGUCUGCUGGGGAGUACCGCCGCUGGCUGCUGGCAUACGCCCGCUUCCUGGCUGACCAGGGGGAUGCGGGCAGGCUGGGGGAGGUGUGCAGCUCGCUGCUGGGCGCGGGACACGGCGGCGGACAGCAGCAGGCUGGGGAUGUGGACAUGGCGGAUGCGGCGGCGGCGGCGGCGGCGGCGGCCGGCCCUGGCGGCGGCGACGACGCGGCGGCGUGGCAGCCCACGCGCCGCGAGGCGUUACGCUGCACACUUUUUUUCUGA